AUGAACGGCUUGCGCGGAAUUUCCUGCGCAACGUCGCUCAACAAGAAGCCUGCUGUCGUCAUCAAGAACAACUCCAUGGUUCGGGCGAAGAGGGCCACGUAUCAACCCUCCAAGCCCCAGGCCGUGGACGAGCUCGUGGCGCCCAGGGCCCAGCUCGUCAAGGACACCCGCCCCAGCUUCACUUGCAUGCUCGACAACCCCAUCACGCUCGCCGCCGCGCCCGCCGCCUCGCCUGUGCCUGCGCCCAAGAGCCUGCUGUUUCCCUUUGACGAUGGGUUUGUGCCCAUCUUUCGCUCCUCGUGCGCGUCCGCCCCCGCCUCCGCCUCCACCACGCAGGUCGGCCCCAGCCACGGCAACAAGAAGAGGAAGCCCAUCAAGAUGAAGAUCAACAAGACCAAGGACACCUCGGCCACAGACGGCACCAGCUUCGAGAGCGUCCCCAUCGUCGCCUGCUCCAGCCCCAGCGCCACCGCCGCCGCCGGGCCGCCGCCGGCGCCCCUCAAGGCGCGCGCGCCCCUGGCGCUGGAUGACCCCGAGCUGCAGAGGCUGGAGUCGCUGAGCUUUGAGGAGCUGCUGGCCACCUGCUACGAGGAUGAGGAGAAGGGCAACACCACCGCCGCGCCCAUCAAGCCCGUCACCAUCACGGCCAACCAGGGCACAAGCUUCGAGUGCGUCCCCAUCAUUGCCUGCCCCAGCCCCAGCGCCAUCGCCGCCGCCGGCCCCCCUCCGGCGCCCCUCAAGGCACCCGCGCCCCUGGCGCUCGAGGACCCCGAGCUGCACAGGCUGGAGUCGCUGAGCUUUGAGCAGCUGCUGGACGCCUGCCUGGGCCAGGAGGAGGAGGAGCAGCAGCAGGACACCGCCCCCAAGGCGCCGCUGCCCGCCCCCAGCGCGCCCGAGGCCUUCACGAUCCCCGCGUGCAGCCUGCUGCCCGGCGCCAUGAUCUGCCCCGUCACCGGCGCAUCCGAGGCCCCCGACACCAUCAUGUGGGACGUGGAGGAGGAGCCCUUCUUCGAGGUGGACGGAGAGGGUGAUGUCAUCAUGACGGAGGCGGACCCCAUCGAGCCCAAGUGCACCUCCGCAUGCUUCAUGGCGCCGCCGCCACUGGUCGUCGGCUUCGCCUUUGCGCUGCUGCCCAAGCCUGUGGUCGAGGUGCCGCCGGUGGACCCCAUGACCACCCUGGGGCUGCCCCCCUUCUCCUCGCUGGACGACCUGCGCAGCUCCCUCAAGAUGCCGCCGGCGCCCGUCAAGCCGCCGCGCGCCGCCUCUUCCUGGGACUACUCGCCGUUGCCCCUGGCCUUCAGCCCCAGCCUGGCGCUGGCCGAGGACGCGACCACCGCCGAGUGCGCCGAGCCAGUGGUGGCCAGGAAGGCGCGGAAGGUCACCUGCACCGAGGGCCCCGCGUACAACACGCGCAGCAUCAGCCGCCGCGGCAGCGCCAUCGCCUACCGCACGCGCGCCCGCAGCAUCUGGUGA